AUCUUCAGAAGUAGCAGUGUGAAAUCAAAGGAUUUUAUGAUCCACCAAGAAGAUUGCUGGGCCAGCGACCGGGACCAUAUGAUAGACCAAUAGGAGGAAGAGGGGGUUAUUAUGGAGCUGGGCGUGGAAGUAUGUAUGACAGAAUGCGACGAGGAGGUGAUGGAUAUGAUGGUGGUUAUGGAGGUUUUGAUGACUAUGGUGGCUAUAAUAAUUAUGGCUAUGGAAAUGAUGGCUUCGAUGACAGAAUGAGAGAUGGAAGAGGUAUGGGAGGACAUGGCUAUGGUGCAGCUGGUGAUGCAAGCUCAGGUUUUCAUGGUGGUCAUUUUGUACAUAUGAGGGGAUUACCUUUCCGUGCAACUGAAAAUGACAUUGCUAAUUUCUUCUCACCACUAAAUCCAAUCCGAGUGCAUAUUGAUAUUGGAGCUGAUGGCAGAGCAACAGGAGAAGCAGAUGUAGAGUUUGUGACACAUGAAGAUGCAGUAGCUGCCAUGUCUAAAGAUAAGAAUAACAUGCAACAUCGAUACAUUGAACUCUUCUUGAAUUCAACUCCUGGAGGCGGCUCUGGAAUGGGAGGUUCUGGAAUGGGAGCCUAUGGCAGAGAUGGAAUGGAUAAUCAGGGAGGCUAUGGAUCUGUGGGAAGAAUGGGAAUGGGGAACAAUUACAGUGGAGGAUAUGGUACUCCGGAUGGCCUGGGUGGUUAUGGCCGUGGUGGUGGAGGCAGUGGCGGUUACUAUGGGCAAGGUGGCAUGAGUGGAGGUGGAUGGCGUGGGAUGUACUGAAGCAUAACCACCGAUAUAAAAGUCCUGACAACAGCAUCUGGUCUACUAGACUUUCUUACAGAUUUAAUUUCUUUUGUAUUUUAAGAACUUUAUAAUGACUGAAGGAAUAUGUUUUCAAACUAUUAUUUGGUAAAGCAACAGAUUGUGAUGGGAAAAUCUGUUUUCUGUAGGUUUUAUUUGUUGCAUACUUUGACUUAAAAAAAUAAA